AUGGCGCAUGCGGGUCGCUGGUCAUCUGGGGGUGGCAGCGUGAACUGGGGUGAUGGCAGCCGGUUCCCAGACACGGUGCUGGAUGAACGAUCCUCAGGCAGUUGCUUGCACUGUUGGAGCAUUGAGUCCCUGCAGCAGCAACUGUCCCAGUGGAUGGAUACCCAUGGAUGCAGUGAGGCGAAGGUUGGGUAUGCUUAUGAUAAGAGGGCCAACGUUACUCUCAGGACCAUCCGUGAGGUCGCCAGUGCUUUCAGCGAUGAACUCUCCGUUGGGCCAGAAACCGACAACACCGCCAAAUCUGUGGAGGACGAGGUGGUUGACAUGCUAGCGGUUGUUGAUGCCAAGAUUACGCAGCUCAGAGGUAAGCUGGUCAAUAGUAUGUCUGUCGAUGAAACCACCAACGCCACUGCGUCAGGUUCCGACGAUUCAGGGAGCACCGUAUCCCCAGGCAAAGAGGCUUCCAACAUGCUGGAUGUUCUUGACGCCCAGAUUGCGAAGUUGCAGGCAAGGCAUGACCAGCUUGUGCAGGAGAGGGAUGCUAUCUGUGCCCAUGCAAUGAAUCUUUGGAUUGAGAGCGUCUAUCAAGCGUACGGAUGGUGA